AUGAUUUCACCAGUACACCUCUCAGUGAUUUCACCAGUACACCUCUCAAUGAUUUCACCAGUACACCUCUCUGUGAUUUCACCAGCACACCUCUCUGUGAUUUCACCAGCACACCUCUCUGUGAUUUCACCAGUACACCUCUCUGUGAUUUCACCAGUACACCUAUCUGUGAUUUCACCAGUACACCUCUCUGUGAUUUCAGCAGUACACCUCUCAAUAAUUUCACCAGUACACCUCUCUGUGAUUUCAGCAGUACACCUCUCAAUAAUUUCACCAGUACACCUCUCUGUGAUUUCACCAGCACACCUCUCAAUGAUUUCACCAGUACACCUCUCAGUGAUGUCACCAGUACACCUCUCAAUGAUUUCACCAGUACACCUCUCUGUGAUUUUACCAGUACACCUCUCUGUGAUUUCACCAGUACACCUCUCUGUGAUUUCAGCAGUACACCUCUCAAUAAUUUCACCAGUACACCUCUCAAUGAUUUCACCAGUACACCUCUCUGUGAUUUCACCAGUACACCUCUCUGUGAUUUCACCAGCACACCUCUCAGUGAUUUCACCAGUACACCUCUCAGUGAUUUCACCAGUACACCUCUCUAUGAUUUCACCAGUACACCUCUCUGUGAUUUCACCAGUACACCUCUCUGUGAUUUCAGCAGUACACCUCUCAAUAAUUUCACCAGUACACCUCGCUGUGAUUUCACCAGCACACCUCUCAAUGAUUUCACCAGUACACCUCUCUGUGAUUUCACCAGUACACCUCUCUGUGAUUUCACCAGUAUACCUCUCAGUGAUUUUACCAGUACACCUCUCUGUGAUUUCAGCAGUAAACCUCCCUGUGAUUUCACCAGUACACCUCUCAAUGAUUUCACUAGUACACCUCUCAGUUAUUUCACCAGUACAGUCUCAAUGA